UCAACACAAAUCUUUCACACCACACUCUUUCUACUUCUUUAACAUACAAGAAAAAACAAAAACAACAUGGAGUGGACUAGAGGCCAUGUUCUUGGCCGUGGUUCCUCCGCUACCGUUUUUGCCGCCACGUCCACCUCCGGUGAUGUUUUUGCAGUCAAGUCCGCCCACUUUGCGCAUUCGGAGAAUUUGAAAAAGGAGCAAAAAUUUUUGUCAAUCUUGAAAAGUCCAUAUGUUGUAAGCUACAAAGGGUGUGACAUUACUAGAGAAGGUAACAACAUUAUCUACAACAUUUUUAUGGACUACAUGUCUGGUGGUUCAAUAAUGGAUUCAAUUAGUGUCCGAAAUGGUGGUGCUUUAAGCAAUUUGGAAAUUGCAAAUUAUACAAGACAGAUUGUCAAAGGGCUAGAGUACAUUCAUUCGUGUGGCGUAGUGCAUUGUGAUAUCAAAGGUACAAAUAUAUUGGUAGAAGAAAAAGGUGUGAAAAUUGGAGACUUGGGUUGUGCUAAAUGGGCCAACCAGGCGUCCCAAAUUCAUGGGACGCCAAUGUUCAUGGCCCCAGAAGUUGCACAGGGCCAAGAACAAGGUUUUCCAGCAGAUAUAUGGGCACUUGGAUGCACAAUGAUAGAAAUGGCGACGGGUGAUUUACCAUGGUCUAAUGUAGAUGAUCCGGUAUCACUUCUUUACAAAAUUGCAUUUUGUAAUGAAAUCCCUAAUAUUCCAAAUGAACUAUGUGAUCAAGGAAAAGACUUUCUUAGCAAGUGUUUUGUUCGUGAUCCAAGACAAAGAUGGACCGCGAAACAACUUCUAAAUCACCCUUAUAUUCAUCAACAAUUCGACGACAAUAAUUCAAACCAAACGAUUUACAAAAAGCCGAUUAACACAAGUACUUCAUCACCAACAAGUGUACUAGACCAAGAUGUUUGGAAUUACAUUGAUCAAGAAGAGGUACCAAAUUCGUCAUCAACAUUAUUAUGUAUAGAAAGAAGCAGUAGUAGUUCAUUAAAAAUAAAGCAAAGAAUAAAACAGUUAGCCAGCAGCAAGAAGUCAAUAAUGUCAAAAUUGGAAUGUGAAAAGGAAGAAAGUGAAAAAUGGGUGACCAUCAGAAUGAAUGAAUGAAGUGGGGGCGGUGACAGGUUGUAGUGUAGGUGUACGUUGUUGAGAUGGACCUGCAGCUGGAUUUUACAUAUAUAUUGAAGAUCGAUGUUGGUCAUCAUAAUGACUUGUACAUAUGUAUAUUAGAUACUACCAAAGUUAGUUGUAGCAGACCAAUCUAUAUUAGCUGUAAAUGUUGUCCUAGACAUAAAAGCGGCACCGUUUUUGAAUUUACUUUCAUUUAAAUCUAACAUGUAUAUAAGAUGUUCGAUGAGUUGAUAUGGAUAUAUUUAA